AUGAUUGAGAAAACCAAAGAAAUGAUGCAAAUCCUACUUCUUGUGCUCGUCAGCGUUGUCAACGGACAAUUCCUAGGAAGCUCACUUUUCAGCGCUUUAAAUAAUUAUAAUGAUAAUGAUAUGUGUCGAUAUAUUUCCUGUCCUUUUGGACAAUACUGUUGGAAUGGUAACUGUAUAAGUAGUGCAGCAUCAUUAGGAAAUAUCAGAGGUACCGGUGGGGUCGGUGGUCUUGGGGCUCUUGGAGGUCUUGGAGGCGUUGGAGGAUUAGGCGCCUUAACUUCAGCUGCAUCCAUUUAUAACUACGGAACUGCUAAUAGAGGCUUGAUGGGAAGUUCCUAUGGAUAUGGGAGUGGUGUAUCUCCUUAUGGGUUGGGAGCUGGAAUGGGAAUGGGCCAGUUGAACGGCCUUCAAAACUGUAACUUGAUGCAACAAUGCUUGAAUGGUCAGAUUUGUGUGAACGGCUACUGCAGUCGAAGCAAUGUAGCUUAUAGCGGAAGUCAGAUCAUGCCUACCCAACAGAGUUGCGCUACCGGGGCAGUUUGUCCUGUAGGCCAGUACUGCAUUGGAGGAGUGUGUAUCCCGAAUGCUAUGUCAACUACUUUUGCUUGUCAAAAUGGAAUUUCCUGUCCGAUGGGAAUGAUCUGCCAACUGGGCCGCUGUCUUCACAACGGCUUGCCGAUGUUGGGCCGUAAGAAAUGA